UUUGUACAGCUGUCAACCCGCCUCUAGCAGCGACAGCACAGCAUGCUCGGUCGACUACGAGAAGAGAUGUGUUAAAAAUUUGUUUUUGCUAACAAAAUUAUAAUUUUCCACUCCGAAAACAAUCUUUCUCUUAGCUUAAAAAUAGAAUAUAACUUUAAAUUCUAAAUUUCCGGCCCCCUACAAAUAAAAUAUCGUGUUUUUUUGUGUACACAUUUGUGGUUUCUAAAGAAUUUACAUAAUGGAAGAUUUAAGAGAAGGUCUACUUUUGGGUUGCGGUAAUCCUCUACUUGAUAUAUCAGCAGUAGCUGAUGAAAAAUUCUUACAAAAAUACGAUCUCAAGCCGGACAAUGCAAUUUUGGCCGAAGACAAACACAUGCCCUUAUACGAAGAGCUAGUCGAGCGUUACAAUGCCGAAUACAUUGCCGGCGGUUCUGUUCAAAAUUCUCUACGAGUAGCCCAAUGGAUACUCGAGAAGCCCAAUGUUGCUGUUUUCUUUGGCUGUGUGGGUGAUGAUAAAUUUUCUAAAAUUCUAGAAACCAAAGCCCGUUCGGAUGGCGUCAAUGUGCAAUAUCAAUAUACCCAAGAGGCUCCAACUGGUACGUGUGCUGUACUUAUAACCGGCACACAUCGUUCGUUGUGUGCAAAUCUAGCAGCGGCCAAUCUAUUUACAAAAGAUCAUUUGGCUACACCGGAUAAUAAGAAAUUACUCGAGAAUGCCGAGUAUUAUUAUAUAUCUGGAUUCUUUUUGACUGUUAGCCCACCGAGUAUUAUGGAAGUGGCACAUCAUGCCAAUAAGCACAAUCGAAUGUUUAUGAUGAACUUGAGUGCUCCAUUUCUGUCGGAGUUCUACAAGGAGCCAAUGAUGGCUGCUCUUCCAUUUGUUGAUAUUCUUUUUGGAAAUGAAGCGGAAGCAGAAUGUUUUGCUCAACAACAAAGCUGGGAUGAAAAAGAUAUGAAAGACAUUGGCAAGAAAAUGGUCAAUCUUCCUAAAGAAAAUCCUAACCGCCCACGUAUAGUUAUAAUUACCCAAGGACAAAAUCCUGUGCUUCUCAUCCAAGAAGAUAGUAUCGAAGAAUUUCCUGUGGAAAAGUUAAAACGUGAAGAAGUUGUAGAUACUAAUGGCGCUGGUGAUGCUUUUGUUGGUGGAUUCCUGUCGCAAUACGUACAAAAGAAACCCUUAGGCGUGUGUAUUCGCUGUGGUAAUUGGGCUGCAAGACAAAUUAUACAACGUAGUGGAUGCACGUUUGAGGGAAAACCUACUUUUGAGGAAUAAAACAAAAACAAAAAAAAGAAUAAUAAGUAAA